UAUUAGGCAAGGCGCGCACUGAGGUAGUGUGGUAGUGGGGUAAGUGGUGAGGUAUUGGAGUGGUGUGAGAGGCAUAGGGAUGGUAAAAUUUGGCGUGGCGAUCGGAAUAGCGGCGAAGUGGUAUGAAAGUGAUAUAUAGCGCACUGAAGUGGCAAACAAGUCAGUUGAUGUCACCGGUUUACCAUGUCGUCCUCAGAAGAUGAAGAUGCCCUUUUAUUUAUGCAACUUGUUAAUCUAAUGUUAUAAGUCAGGAGACGAAGAAGAAACGGCAUUGGGUCAUCCGCUGUGGCAAAAAAAUAAAAAGUUUGGAAUUUUAAUGUUUAUAAAAAGGAUUUGAACUGGGCAACCAAAAAUUUAAAGUUUUCUAUCGAAUGAAGAAAGAGACUUUUAGCAAGUUACUGACUAAACUACGGCCUAUGCUUCAAAAAAAGAAUACGAACUUCAGGAAAUGUGUUUCUCCCGAAGAGAAGCGUUCUAAUAACACUGAGGUAUUUUGCAACCGGCUGCAAUCUAAAGGCACUAUCAUCACGUUAGACUUGCCAGACCCAUCUCCAUUACCAGGACAAGACACAAAUUUUCCAUUUUAUUUUGCUGCAGACGAAGCUUUUCCAUUGAUGUGUACUAUAAUGAAACCCUACCCUAAAAGAGGCUUAACAAAUAGAAAAAGGGUAUUCAAUGGUAGGUUAUCAAGAGGUCGCAAAUCAGUUGAAUGCUCAUUUGGAAUGAUGUCAUCCAAGUUCAGAAUUUUACACACAACAAUUGGUCUUAAUAUAAAUACAGUGGACAAUAUUGUUAAAGCAGUGUGCUUACUGCAUAAUUUUAUUAAAAAAGAGGAAGGUAUAUUUUCGCGCCCGCGAGGAAAGAAAGGAAAUGAUGAUGACAUAGAAGUAGAAAAUGAGGAACAGCCUUAUCCGAGACUCUCAAAUCAAAGAAGAGCUACCAAUCCAGCAAUUGCUACACGGGAGAAACUUUGUGAUUUUUUUUUAACAGUGGACGGGUCACUUAAAGGUCAAAAACGAUUUUGUGUGAAAACAAGAAGAUAA